GUGACACCCCCCCCAUGUGAUCGAUAGAUAUCUUUUGGAACAGGUGUGGUUCUGAUAAGUACUGGUGAGCGUGUACUCGACAUUUUGACCAGUAUGCUGUGGUCGUCCUCCCCAAAAGGGAUCUAUCCACAUGGUUUUAGGGGCCGUCUACGGGGCAGCACUGACAUCGGGGAGUUCCACAAAAUUAUGGGUAGCAACCACACCCCGCUGAGGAAAACAACUGCAACGAGCAUGCGCAUACGUACUGAUUAAAGAAAAGAUUGUGUCACCCGAUCCUAGGACUGGCUGUGUGUGUGCGUGCAUCGCCUUGGCGCUGUUUUCACUGUGCCGGUGCGGUACCUGCUGUUUUGCGAGAACCCGUGAUGUCCAUGCUGCCCCAUAAUAAAGGACACAUGCAUGAAAUGCCGACUUUUCAGACCUCCCCAUAUGCAUAGCGUACGCAGUGGCUCUAACCCCUGUCACUUUAAACUCAUGUUGGAAGCAGUAAGACUGCUGCAGUGACUUGAAACCCAGGUGAUGGAGGCAUCAGCUCAAGAUCCAACAUCUGCCUCUUCUGCAUCAUCAGAAUGGGUUGCCAUAGCAACUGAGGUUGAGCUACAGGAGAUUGGACGAAAGACUGCACUCGUCUCCAAUCGAAAAAUUACAGUAUUCUAUCGGGACAGGAGAUUUUAUGCAAUGGACUUCCACUGUUACCAUGCUGGUGGACCACUUGAUGUUGGAAAUAUAGAGGACAUCAAUGGAAUCAGCUGUAUUGUGUGUCCAUGGCACAAGUACAAGAUUAGCUUGGAGACAGGGGAAGGGUUCUAUCAAUCAAUUGACCUGAAGAAUCCGAGACGGGCUCCAUGCUGGAAAUCAAAGGGCAUAAAACAGCGAACGCAUAGCGUAGAGGUCAGAGAAGGGAUGGUCUAUGUGAGACUGUCUACAUCAGACACAAAGUAUGAAUCUGAUUACUAUUACUCUAAGGACUACCAGCAACGGAUGAACUUUGUCAAAGGAGUUCCUUAACAAAGGGAAUGGAUACCGGUAGAUUUUAUCAAAUGUUUUGGAAGGGGUCCUGUGUCUUACCAGGGGUGUCAAAAGACGGAAACUUUAAAUGACCCCUUUUCUUUCUUAACCAUUUGACACUAGAUACUGUGUAAACACACAUAAUUUUCCUUACUAGUUCCAUGGAAGACAUGUUCACUUGUUUAAGAAUUCUUUUUUUUCAUUUCUGGGGUUGAAGCAUUAAGGUAUCAUGCUUGAUUGGGUCAAAGUGCUAAUGCAAGGUUUGAGGAAUUUGCGGGUCAAAAAUGCAUAAACUGGCUAUAACGUCGGGGAACAUUUUCUUUGUCCCCAUAAAGUUUUUGGUCCUCAGAAAAUAGGCGAAAUAUUGUGUGCUGUCACAACUACGGUGCUGAAGUGGGCGUGUAGCCCUCAAGGGUAUUUGCCUCAGCUGGGCGUUGUAGCAAGUAUCAUUCUGUGACUGUCUUCAAGCGUAAAAAGAUGCACUGAUGUUUUGAGAAAUGUCGCACAAAUCCUGAAUAAAUGACUGACAGUGGUCAUCAUUUAAUGUCCAUUUCAGUAACAGACUAAGGCUGAGGUACCUUGUCAUUUAAAAGUGGUUUUUUUCAGCUGACAAUAUUGCCUCACUUGGGACAAGUUUCGUGUGAAAUCACAGCUUCAGCUGGUUAAAUUGCAUUUUCUGCAGCUCUAGUAAUGGUGUAACAUGAACAACUGUUCCCUUCUGACCUUUGUCAGUUUACCAGAAAACCAAUUUCACAGAAAGUGGAAGAUUUUAGCUGUAUUGCUCUUAUGGUUAUAUUUAGAUAUAUUUAAGUUGCAAAGAAGUGUACAUGACUAAAGCUUGGUGGUGUUUAAGCACUAGACAGAAUCACAUGGAUGAAACAGAAAGUCUGGCUCAAGGAUUGCUUGCAUUCAGAUUUACACGUGAAUUGAAUUUAACAUUUGCACUGGCAAUGACUGAAUCACAAAGACAUCAAAAUAAGGAAUAUCAGAGCCAUUACCCGUUACUGAUAAAGAGAUGAGGAGGGCUGUUUAAAUGUCUCGAAUGGGUUAACUUGAUCCCACAGAGAUCCUGAGAGAAUGGUACCUUGUAACAUUUAAUAAUAUGAGACAGCUUCAGACUCUAGAAAUGAAUUGAAUCGGGUACACAUCAUUAUUUCAGCAUAAAAUUUAUCUGCCUGGGUUUAUUUCUUCUUUGUUCCUGCAUAAUUAUAGAAAACACACCUUGUAAUUAAACAUUAUAUAGAAGGAAAUGUGCAAAACGGUAUAAUCAUUUGCCGAGGUAACUGAACAAGUCGCAGGGAUAAUUUAACAAAUCCAUUCAAUUCAUGCUUUUUGGUAUUAAACAUGUCUCUUAAUAUCUUGAUUUCCUUUUACACUUCCAAUUUGUUUUAUGGAACUUUAAAUACUUGUAAACAUGCAGCUAAAAACAUUCUAUUACCAGUCUUAAAUGCCACAGGAAAGACAAACGAACACCAUUGAAACUAUCCACCCAACCCUCAGCAAGACUUGAAAGUGUGGCAACCAUUUUUGUAUAGAUCCCGUCAACAAUGAAGUCCAUCUACAGAGCAAGACAUAACCGUUUAUUGCCAGAGACCUGGAAAACCAACAAUCUUGUUCAAUAUUCACUAUGUUGACACACCCCACUGCAGAGAAGAGAGAGGGUUUGCUGGUGGUGAUGGUAACUGUUGCAACGUGAUGCCCAGAGUAUUCCCAGACUGUACACACCACCAGAAAUUGGUCCUACCUUUACCAAAUACACAUGAACCCAAGUGCACACAUGCUAUGUCCCCCAUCCACCUAAAGGCUGCUUUCAAGUAGGCUACCUCUUGUUAGGCUCACAUGUGGAAUUCGUGGAGUAUGUAAUUUUUCCAAAAACUUCGUUCCCACAAAUGAGUCCAAGUUUUGAGAUUUAAAAAAGCUGGAGCAUUCUAAUAAAUCUCACAGUUUUGUAGAGGGGAUCUGUGAUUUAAGGGAAUGGAAUUUUUAAAGGGAAUUCACAAAUAAUUCCUUGCAACCUUUAACCUUAAACUUGAUGGAGUAGUGUUACACAAAAAGCUCUUCCUUGCCCUACACCUUCAAAACCACCCUCCCCAAAAGUGAAAUAGCUACAGAAAGAAAAUCUUGCAAAGGAAUAUCUCAGAUAAUCAAUACUGAAAAACUGGAAAAUAAAAGACAUCUGAAGAUGUUCUGAACACUUGUGAAGAGAUUACAUUUGAGAGAAACAAUUGAGAAUAAAGAAAUAUGUCAUGUCACAUUUUCACUGAAUAAAUAUGAAAGUCAUUUAUGCCGUAAUAUGUGUACGAAGUUUUACCAAUGUUGUACUUUUUAUACAUUGUACAGACAAAGAGGGAUGGGCUGGGCAUUGUAAAGCCUUUUUUAAAAAACCAACAGUGUUGGGUAUGUGUCCUUUUCCUGAGUCUGGCAACUACAGUGAAGUAUAAGGCAAUACCAUAGUCCAGCACAAGUCAACUGAUCUUAAGCCAAGUCAAAAGCUUUUCUGAUGACCUGAGAUAAAAGCAUUCCUUUGUCGUUUAGAAUCGCCCAGUUAUUUUUGACUCGUUUUGUGAAAGGAUUUGUGACUGGACUUGUGAAAGAAAAAACUAAACUACCGUACUAGUACACGUAUUGGGUUUUAUGCUUAAUCUUCAUUAACUAGGGUGCAUAAUAAUGUUGUGCAGCCUAUAAUAAUGUGUGUCCCGAAGCUAGCAAACCGGAUAGCAAGUCAAGACAUGUUCCAUAGUUGCGUAUUAUACUGCCAGCCACAGCCAAGACACCAAGUUCCAAGAUUGUGUUGACUGAACCGAUACUCAUCAAGCCAUGUAUUUCUACCUGAAUUCGAAAGCCAGGGUCACACAUGCAACAUACAUGCACCACUAAAAGGGGGGGAGGGAGGAAAGUACCCGAACAGCACAAGACUUCUGUAUAGCUGAUCUGAGGAAACGGUGACAUGCCCGUUGGGUACUG